AAAAAGUUUAAUUUACUUAACGGUGAACUGCAUAUGGAUAGUCUCCCUGAACUUUCUGGCUAAUAAACACACAUACUAAUAAACACACACACACCAUAGAGAUUCAGACAAAGAAAAGCUCUUCAUGCUCCAGCCUUUAUCAACAAAAACCUCAUGAUUUCAAUUAAAUUUGUAUUUAAAUCAUUUUUAUGGAGGAUAUUUUUUCAAACAGAUGGUCAUUUUUGAGACCCUGAGAUCUCUCAAUAUCAUUUGUUUUCAGCACUCCAACACUGAUGUGGAGGGAAUAAGUUCUUUUAUAUAAAGCAGAGACUAUGUGAUUCAUUUGCUAAACGUGAACUGUUUACAGUUAAGAGAUUUUUAAAAUUCAGCAUCUACUAAAUGCUUCCAACUAUCCUGGAUCGCUUCACAAACUGUCCUACUCAGCUCGGGCCAUUUGACUGCAUUCAGAAUGCUUUCCAGAUGCAGACACAACUACUGUCAGCAGGAUAGGCUUCCCCUGGGGAGGAAGUUAUCUAUUUAAUUGGGGUGGGGGUGCAGGACAGCUCCUCUGGGUGAUACUCUUGGUUAACACUCUGCCUUUUCCCCAAAUUAUCAUUUCCAGGGUAUUCUAGAGACUUUGAGUCAGCUUUUCUGGUAGAAAGGCAGGCAUGGUGACGAGUUACUGAGUUGGUGUUCAGCCUCUGGCAGUCCAUCGAUGACUUGAACAAAUGGGCCCUAUUUAUUGUCUCUCCAUUUAUACUGGAAGCGGAACACAUAGCAUUUGUGACAGAGAGCAUUUGGGUGCAAGGUGAGAGUUUACAGAGACCAUCUUCCUCUUCAGAAACCAUUGUGAAGUGGUCCGACUGCUGUUUGCCAUUAGCUUGCAGACCUGGGGAUCCUUAUCAAUUAAUUGCUGAAGCAAGCGUGGAUGACUUCAGUAAGCUGGGGGUGGCGUUCAUGGAAGAUAGACUCCAGAUGGCUGAUGGCCUGAUACCUCAAAAGAUUGUUUCAGUGCAUUUGCAGAACUGUACUCUGAAGGCGCUUGAGAUCUCAAAUAAGCAAGCCCAUAUCCUACAGCAGAAUCCUGAACCUUCCACCGAGAGUAAGCCAGAGCCGGGCAUUAUGGAGUACAUCGGUAAAGAUGACCCCAAGGUUCUUCGUGCCCAUCCCACACAGGGGGAAGCUGGUACCUCUGGCAGUGAGCCAGCUGAGGAGGAUGACAAAGAAGUAGGCUCCGUUGAGCACUGUCCCCUCCAUCUGUCUAGUUGCCAUGAGUGUUUGGAGCUUGAGAAUAGCACCAUUGAAUCUGUCAAGUUUGCAUCUGCAGAGAACAUUCCAGAUCUUCCCUACGAUCACAGUGGUGGUUUGGAGGAUGUUGCUGAUGACAGCUGCCCGGAGAGAGAAGGGAGGAGAGUCAACAUCACAGGAAAGGCACCCAACAUCCUCUUCUACGUGGGCUCUACCCCCCAGGAAUCCCUGGGCAGGUUCCAGGAGGUCCGGUCCGUUCUGGCUGACUGUGUGGACACCGACAGCUAUACACUCUACCACCUGUCAAAGGAAAGUGCCCUCAGAGACCCGUGGUCAGACAACUGUCUGUUGUUGGUCAUUGCUACCAGGGAGGCUAUUCCUGCAGACCUCUCCCAGAAGUUCAUGGCCUACCUUUCUGAAGGAGGGAAAGUGUUGGGCCUGUGUUCGUCCUUCACACUUGCUGGCUUCCAGGUGAUGAGCAAGAGCACGCUCAAGGAAACAGUCCAGAACUUGGUUUUCUCCAAGGCUGACCAGACCCAGGUGAAGCUCAGCAUCUUGAGCAGCGGCUUCGUUUAUGAGGAUUGCUCUGGAGGGCAGCUCAGCCCGGGCCAGCUCCAGGGUCACCUGGAGAAUGAGGACAAAGACAGGCUGAUAGUGCAAGUGCCUUUUGGGACACGUGGAGGAGAAGCCGUUCUUUGCCAGGCCCACCUAGAACUACCUCCCAGCUCUUCAGUGGUGCAAGGCCAGGAGGAUUUUAAUCUGCUCAAAUCAAGCAAUCUCAGAAGAUAUGAAGUCCUUAGGGAGAUCCUGACAACGCUCGGCCUAAACUGUGACAUGAAACAAAUUCCUGCCUUGACGCCUCUUUACUUACUGCCUGUGGCGGAGGAAAUCUUGGACCCUCUUAUGCAGUGGCUGGGGGAACAUGUGGAUCCUGAAGGAGUAAUAAAAUCCAGCAAGCUCUCCCUUAAGUUUCUUUCAUCCUACAUGUCUGAAAUAGAAAUCACCCCAUCUGCUCUACCUGUGGUCACGGACGUGGGCGCCUUCUCUUCGGAAAAUUUUAACCUAGAGAUCUACCGACAAAAUCUGCAGACAAAGCGACUUGGGAAAGUUAUUCUGUUUGCCGAGGUGACGCCCACUACAAUGAACCUUCUGGACGGGUUGAUGUUUGAGAUCCCGCAGGAAAUGGGGUUAAUUGCCAUCGCAGUCCGCCAAACCCAGGGCAAAGGGCGGGGAGCGAAUGCUUGGCUGAGCCCCAUGGGAUGCGCGCUGUCCACCCUGCUCAUCUCCAUCCCACUGAGAUCCCAGCUGGGACAGAGGAUCCCGUUCAUCCAGCAUCUGAUGUCCCUGGCCGUCGUGGAGGCAGUAAGGUCGAUUCCUGAGUAUCAGGAUAUCAGCUUACGAGUGAAGUGGCCCAACGAUAUUUAUUACAGUGACCUCAUGAAGCUUGGUGGAGUUCUGGUUAACUCGACGCUUUUGGGAGAAACAUUUUAUAUACUUAUUGGCUGCGGAUUUAACGUGAGUAACAGUAACCCUACCAUAUGCAUCAAUGAUCUCGUCACAGAAUACAAUAAGCAACACAAGGCAGAGCUGAAGCCCUUAAGAGCCGACGAGCUCAUCGCCAGAACUGUGACUGUGCUGGAGAAGCUCAUCGACACGUUUCAGGACAAAGGGCCCAAUGGCGUUCUUCCCCUUUAUUAUAAGUAUUGGGUACACAGUGGCCAGCAGGUCCGCCUGGGAGGCCUCGAGGGGCCGGAAGUGUGGAUAGUCGGCCUGGAUGACUCUGGCUUCCUUCAAGUCCAGCAGGAGAAUGGCGACGUGGUGACCGUGCAUCCCGAUGGCAACUCCUUCGACAUGCUGAGAAACCUGAUCAUCCCCAAGCAGCAGUAGCAGGGCCUGAGGCCCACCUCCCUGGGGCCUACCUGCCUGGGGCCCACCUGCCUGGGGCCCACUCACCUGGGGCCUGCCUACCUGGGAACCCACUUGCGUGGGGCCCAUCUGCCUGCGGCCCACCCACCUGGGACCCACCUGCCUGGGGCUCACUUGCCUGGGGCCCGCUGUCCUUGCCACGGGGCAGCAGGAAGGCGGGCAAAGCCACCGCAGCAAGCAUUCCAGUUCAAUUCCUGCUGCUUUUUCCUAACCUCAGGACCUGGAAAACUGAUUUAGGGUUGUAGGCGAAUGUUCCCUCCCUCCAAUUAAUCUGCUUAAUUCCCUAAUUUGGUUCUGUCUAUUACCAUUUUACUUGGUGUUUGCAGAUGUCCCGGGGCGCAGGGAUGACCAGCGGAAGACUUAGUUCAGGUGAAGCACGACCCCAGGUGUGAAAUCCUUCUCCCUUCUUGGGCUCGAAUGUGUGUUUAUUGCCCCUCCUAGCCCCCCAAAGAAAGUUUUUAUUUGGAAAACAGCAAGGGUAUGAUUCAGAUGUUUCCCCAGUAGCGGAGACCUUCACUCCCAGACUAUUAAAAAACAAAUCCAAAAAAGCUUCCAGGCCCAGGCCAGCGAUGAAGUAGAGGUUUGGUAACACUGUUUAUGAGCGUCCAGGGAGGCGUUUUCCGAGAGGAACAUACAUUGGCACUUGGUCGUUGUUUUAUUUUUUUUGUUAAUGAGAAAAGGGAUGGAAGACUUCUGAGCGUUACUCUGGGCCCGGUGGUUUGUGGUCCAAUAACCGUGCCUCAGUGGCUGCAGAGACUGGUGUCACUGGUGUGGGUGCAGUGACCCUUGGAAAGGAAAUCAGUUACUUACGUCGGCCGUAAUUUACGAGCUCCCUUUCCGUAAGUUUGAAUUUACUGCAUGUUCUGAAGUGAUGGGAUCAAGUUCAAGAUCCUUCACGUGUGGAUUAGGCCUCGUGAGGGUGUGAGGGGUAGACAAUUGGACCCUAACAGCCAGAGACGAAGACUCACUCAUGCCCCACCCCAGGGAGGAUUGGGCGCUCUUAAGCUAGUUGUAGGCUCACUUUGAAAUCUGGAGCAUUCCUGAAAGACCAUGUGGCGCACAGAAUGCAGAAAUACAUGGCAUUUUGUUUGUAAGUCAUAAUUGUUGGCUCCGCUUUUCCUAAAUUGCCAAGAAACAAAAUGCAACCGAUACUGAACACCGUCAUUGAAGAGGGGGGAUGUGUGUGUGUGCGCGCAUGUGCGUGUGUGAGAAGCUUUAGAAGAAGAUGUUCAAGAUCUGAUGCCCUAAAAGUCUCCACGGAAGAACAAAAGAAAGGAAACCUUUUGAUAUGCAUUUGCGAUUUCCAGAUGUACCCCAUGCUUUUUCCAUGUCACUCGUAUCUCCGUUGAACUUGUGAAUUACACACAUUACUUUUCAGUCCUUAAAAGGCCAAUUUUUGUCCACUUUUCUCUCUUCCUGCCAGUCGCAACUGAAAGUAGUGGAAAGAAAACUUGAUGGGGCUCUCAGCUUUGAACAGGAUCCUCCUCCUUAUACACUAGCACCAUCUUUAUCCAGCUUUACCCAGUCAGGCUCAUUCCAGAAACUUGUGGCUUUCAGGAAAAGGUAGGCAGGUAAAAAUCUGCCUACCUUCAGCCAGGCACAAGCAGCGCCAUAGGAAGGGGGGAAAAUAGCGUGUUUAGUUAAGUACACCAACCCAGUGUGUGGUUUUUGGAAAUGUCAUUUUAAAAGAACCGGAGAAGUAAUUUUUGCAAAUAAGGCUUCAAUUAGAAUGAUUUUUCUAAAAAAAAAAAAAAAAAAAAAAAAACCACCAAAACAAAACCAAAAACAAAACUUGCUCUCUCCUAAGUGUCCAAGUCUUCUUUUGGAAUUAGUGACAAGUUUAAACAAAAGUCCACGGCACCCCCAGAAAUCACCAAAUGGACUCACCCUUGAGAGGGCAUCUGCAAAAUAUCAUCAAGAGGAAAGAUCUCUGGGCUAAUGUUGCAAGUCUCAUUUCUCAAACUUUGUAAUAUAAGGCAAGUCAUCCCUCAGAGCUGCCAUUGUUACUGUUUGAAUUUCUUUGGGGGGUUCUUUAAUGAAAAACAUGCUAUGUGUUGUUUUAAGCUGAAGUCCUAUUCUAGACAGUUCUGCUUUGGGGGGAAAAUGUUAUCAUUUAAUUUCCUUUCUGUAAAUUAAAACUAAUGAUGUGUGGCCACGUCAGCGCAGAUGGAGAUGUUCCGGGCGCACCGCUUUCCCUGUGCCUUUGAGACUUGUGCCGCCACCCGGUUGUCUUGAGGGAGACAAAAGAGACUUGAAGCAGAUGCUACAUUUCCCGUAAACCUGAUUGUUGCCUCAUAUGAACCAAAGACUUUUGAAAUUCUGCUUCAUAGAGACCAGCUGAAUAAAAGCAUCUCACCCAGAGCUAUUAGCGUUAGGGAAAUUAUCUGCUUGCUACACUACACUCACGCAUUGGGGGCGUUGGUGCACCUGGCAAUCUCUGAUCUCAAGGAGCUUUAAAGUCUUAACAGGGACUUUGCAUUUUCUUCCUAAUCUUAAAAACGUGGCAACUGAGCUCAGGAUGGGCAUGCGCCUUCAGGGCAUCUGGUUUGCCUGCGAGGUUAGAGGCUGUGCACCAUGGAGCAGCUACCCGGGCAUGUUAAAAGGCGAGACCUUGUCCCUUCCAGGCCGGCCGCGGAUUUCAGGGGAAGCCGUGGGGAAGCAACCCCUGAAAGGAGGUUUCAGGAAGGAAGUUUUCUCCAGUACGCAUUUUAUUUUCCAGAAGGCCUUCCCGUGGCCCCUGCCGAAGCAGCACCUGGGGACACUGGGUGUCCAGCCCCGAUUUCACGGGGUGCGGGCACAGUCGAAGGAUUGGUGUCUGGGCCAAGGCAGUGGGUGGGGUUCGCUGCUGCAGACUUUGCCCUAUGUGGGAACCAGUGGGUGCACAGGCCCAGGCGGGGAGAGCAUGCAGCCUCCAGUCCCCGGGCCCCCCUCCACGUACAGCCCCGGAGGUGGCCUACACAGUUGCCCCGGCCCUGGAGCCUGGGAACCCGGAGAGAAGCCAGCCUCGUCCAGCAGUUUCAGGAUUGCAGCGGGGAGACAUUUUUCAGCCUGCUUUCUGGAAGAUCUGUUCACUCUUCACAGGCAGAACACCUGGGUUAUUACUAUGCACAUCAGAAAUUUGCAAAAAAGUGUGAACCUUCGCAUUUUUACCUUUUCCAAGAACCAUCUCAGAAAAGUCAUUACUUUAAACCGAUGCCUAUAAAAAAGCAACUCUACCAAAAUAAACUUUAAGGUUUUCUGUACCGUUUGGGCUCAUUGUUAUUUUUGCCACAAGUUUCGUUUUUAAAAAGAGGCAACUACUCUUGGUUACAGUAUUUUUAUUCAUAGUUAAACAUUUUUACAAAAUAAAUAGUUUUACAUAGUAAGGGAGGUGUAUGUAUUUCUAAGUAUUGAGAAUUCGGGGGUUUUUGUUGUUUUUGAUUUAUUUUUGACAAAUGGAUUAUGUGUCGUACAAAAGAGAAAUCUUACUACUACUCCAAAGAAGGAAAGUGAGCAAAACCCAAGGUCAAAAAAACCCCUUUUAACUGAGGUGAGAAAUAAAUGUAAUAAAACGGUUUAAUGUAAAGUUUUUCAUUGAAAAAUAAAUUCCAUGUAACAGCAUAUUUACUAUAAGAACAGGCUUUGUUGUUGUAGAAUUGUUCUUAUUCUUUUGCAAGAACUGCUUGAUUUGUGUUUUGAGUUUUUUCCCCAAGAUUUUAACCUUCUAUAUCUUACUUAAGUUUAGGAACAGCUUGCGUAAUGCAUCUUCGAUAACCCAAGGGCUACGAUGCGCUAAGAUUUUAAACUACUGUCAUUUGCCGGCAUUUAUUUGAAAUGUUCUUUUUAUUCCAUUUUAUCUGUAGCAGCCCCCAGUCUACCCUGUCUUACAGUUGCAAUAAAUUACAACUUCGGGUA